AUGGAUGGAAGAUUAGACAACAACGACCCAGAAACGUCAGCACACACGAUAAACUCAUCGCCACCAGAUUCUGAAUUCACAGACGAAGAGGCUCACUUAGAACAUCAGGACGACUAUAAUCCACAGCAGAGGCUCACACUAGUCAGCUACCAAGACGAGGAUGAAGAAAUUGAGGAUGAUGUCGAGACCAACCAAACCCUUGCUUCUCCCGUUGAUUUUAGCUUCAGGAAGAGCUACAAACGACGCAGAGACAAUUCACUCAGGCAGGGGACACUCUCUAUAGCCUACGCUAGUCUAAAUAUCCUCAACUCAACAUUAGGUAUUGGAUUCCUUACUCUCCCCAGUGCACUCUCACAAACAGGUUUACCACUCGGAAUCGUCCUCAUAGCAAUCAUCACUCUCCUCGCCGCUGGAUCACACAUCGUACUCGUCAACACAGGGAGAUACCUUGGCGUGCGCAAGAUCGAAGAUGUUGGUGGUGGUGCACUUAAGCUAGGUACCAGGGGCAAGGGCAUCACUAAGUUCGUUGUAAGAUCUAUCGUCGCAGGAACCGGUUUUAGCUUGAUAGUGUCUUACUUGAAGUACAUCAAAAUACUCUUACACCCACUGGCAAAGGCUUGGUUUGAUAGUGCUUUCCUCCAGUCCUCAUUCUUCUUGGUCCUCGUACCAGCUAUAAUUGCGGCACCUUUCACAUUUGUACGCUCACUUUCACACCGUACUAUAUCGCGAAUGUCAGUCAUCAUCGCACUCACCUAUCCCGUUCUUCUCGGUUUGAUUGCUAGUAGAAGCAUGACUUAUGCUGAACUCAAGAUACUCGAUCUGAACAUGUACAAGAAGCUACUAGUGCAGGACUUAAACUGGGGUACUCUCAAGAAACACGCUGAACAACAGGGUAUUUGGAGCGGUGUUUCAACGAUUGCGUUCUCAUUUGCUAGUCAGCACCUCACUUUCCCACAUCAUCGCACAAUGCGCAAAUCGUCACAACAGACAUUCAAUAUAACGGUUUUGUUGGCCUAUACCAUUAUAUUCAUAUUGGCACUACCAUUCGCAGUAGUUCCAUAUGUUGCUUUCGGCGAGAUGACCCCACUUAACCUUUUUGAUGCCUUGCCUUCUCCCAAUAACGAUGGAGGUGUUGAUGCUGCCAGGGUUGUAGCUGCUUUUGGGCUCUUGGGUACAAUUCCGUUCGCGGUGUUCACGUUAAGGGAAGCCAUACUCAGGCUUUUGCAUAUCGAAACUGAACAAGAAGAACCUAAUAGGCGCACACAGUUGGUUGCAACUGGCAGUAUUUGGUUGAUUUCGAUAUUUUCUGCCAGUAUUGGUAGUUACGCGACAUACGAAACUUACGUCAAUUUCGCUAGAUUGUUAUGUAUAGCUUUGGGAUACCUACUGCCUUCUGUAUUCUUUGUAAUACUCUACCACGUCAAGCGACCAGCGCCAAUCGUUGUGAGCUCGAACGAUGGGUUGGUGUCGACUGACGCGUUGCUGGCGACUGACGCGUUGCUGGCAAGAAAGGAACGCCAGCUGCAGAAGCGGAGGUCGCUUUUAAGACUAUGGUGGGUAAUAUAA